UUCCAGGAUGUGUUUGAACUGAUGUUGUGUUAGACUGACUUUGUCAACCUCACUUUAAAGACUGUUUUACUCAAAAACUGGAUUUUAUUUUGAAGGAUUCAACCGGAUGUUUGCUGUUUUACUGUGACACGCUUGACUGCGGGGUCUCGUGCCUGUUUUCAGUGCAGCAGCGCGAGCCGCUCAGCUGUUUAAACCCGGUUGAGUCCAGAUUCAGACUUUAAGAUAAGAACGGAACCAAUGUCUCAGUCAGGAAACUCUGCUUUUAUUUUUAUGUAAAAGUUCUUCAAGAGAGUUUCCCGGUGUUUUUCCCGGUGUUUCUCUGUGUUUGGGUCGGUGAGAGUCCGGGUUUUAAACGUCCUCGUUCUGGGUUGUUCUGUCCCGGUGAACCGGAGAAAGAACCGGACCCACCCGGCAUCACCCGUCCGGUCCCGGUGCCGGUGUUUGGAGCCAGGCGGAUCCCAAAGAGAGGUCACAAUGUCGGGGAUGAGUGGACUGCUCCUCCUCGGUCUCUGGAUCAACCUCCACACAUGCCGGGCCCUCCCCAACCAGCUGCCCGCCCUCAGCACCGCGCCGCCCGGCCAGCUCUCCCCCACCGCCCCGCUGUUGGAGGCCGACGGCUGCGGGCCGUGUGAGCCCGACCUGUGCCCGGAGACCCGCGGCUGCCGGGCCGGCCUGGUGCUGGACUCCUGCGGCUGCUGUAAGGAGUGCGGGAACCUGGAGGGACAAACCUGCGACCCGGGGGACCGCAGCGUGUUCUACGGGCUGUGCGGGACCGGGCUGCGGUGCCAGAAGGACCCCCGGCCCGCAGGAGGAGGAGGAGGAGAGGAUGAAGAGGAGGAGGAGGAGGAGGAGGAGGAGGUGUGUGUGUGUGAGGAGCAGGAGGCGCUGUGCGGCUCUGAUGGAGUCACUUACAUCAACAUGUGUCAGUUCAGAGAGGCUGCGUUCUCCAGACCGGAGCUCAAGACCAGAGGGAGGGGGCCCUGCAAGACCGUCCCCAUCAUUAAGGUCCCUCCCCACAGUCAGGUGAAUGGGACCGGCAGCAGUCUGGUCUUCCUCUGUGAGGUCUUUGCGUUCCCGAUGGCGCUGGUCGAGUGGAGGAAGGAGGGCCGAGACGUCGUCCUGCCCGGAGACGACCCCCACAUCUCCGUCCAGUCUCGGGGCGGGCCUCUCAAGUUCGAGCUCUCCAGUUGGCUGCAGAUCGAGGGGGCGGGGCCAGAGGACUCGGGAACCUAUCGCUGCAUCGCUCGUAACAACGUGGGGUCCGUGUCCGCCUCCGCUGUGCUGGGAGUACUGGGAGCAGAGGAGCUGUCGUCCUACCUGGCCAACAGUGUGUCGGAGAUGAAGCAGCUGAUGGACGCCACAGACUACGACCAGGACUUCUACUGACCCGCGUGUGACGUCACUUCCUGUCAUCCGGCGCCCUCUGGCUUCCCGUCCGUCCGGCUCGUAUCGGACAGCGAACGCGUCGCCGUCUCGCGCUCAGGUGAUGGACUACACGAGAGAGACGUUCAGAGACACUCGGAUAUACUGAAGCUGUUAUUAUUCCCACUGUAUCGUCGCACUGAUGAGCUCGCACUGCGCUGUGACACGCAGGCGCAGCAUGGUCAACGUGUUGGAGACGUCGCGGGUUCGAGCCCUCGAGUCUCCUGUCGGCUCCGUCAGUGUGAAACUAACUUUAUAUUAUUAAUAAAAGUCCAAAUAAUAA